CCGACUGCGCGAGCCGCAGCUGGCAGGACCGCGUCUUUUCUCCCACAGGGCUGAGGACUUUACGUCUGUUCUGUUUUUCAAUUCAAUUCUUCAAUUCUUCAGUAUUCUGACUGGACAUCGAGCUGUCUUGGCACCAGUAACAUGGCGGACAGUAAAGUAGAGAGCAGCGCAGAAGUGAGCGUCAAGGAGCUGAAGGAGAAGAAGCAGACGGAGGAGGCCGAGAACGGAGAGGAUGCUGCUGCCAACGGCAAAACUGGCGAGGAGAACGGCGAGCAGGAGAACGAGGUGGAGGAGGACGUGGGAGAAGAGGACGAGGACGAGGAUGGAGAGGGUGAUGAGGAUGAUGAUGAUGAAGACGACCUUGAUGCGCCAACGAGGAAGAGAGCAGCUGAGGAUGAUGAUGAUGAUGAUGAUGAUGAUGAUGAAGAGGACGAGGUGGAAACCAAGAAGCAGAAGACAGACAAGUAGAGAUUGGCCGCGCCCGUGCUGUCUGGGGGACGAUGCCACCGAGAGGACAGACAGACAGUUUUCCAGCAAACCUUCAACACCUCAGUCCUCCCUUCUUAACAAGAAUACUUUUACAAACAGAAUAAGUUUGUAUUUUUAUUUACAUUUUAUAUUUUUGUAAAUAUUGUAAGGAGGUUGGCCAUUUUGCAACAAUGAUCUUUCUGGGUAUCAAGUGGUGCUUUGAGGACUUUUAGAUCCAGACUCGUCAUCAGCCGUCCACAUUCUGUAUCAUCCACCCCCCCGCUGUGCCCCCUGUCCCCGCACCGGCUUACUUUUCUUACAUUAGGGUUCCUACAGGGAGGGUGUUGACUUGUAGUGGCAUGGGGAAGAUAAUGGUGACUGAUUGUGUUUUACUGAUAGUUUGUGUGAGAAGGCUAGUUCCUACUGUGCGUCCGUCACUAUCCGUCUGUCUGUCAUGGCCAGAUGUCAAUGUUCUUAUUGUCUGUGCUGUUUGUUGGUUAGUAACUGUGUUAGUUGAUACCUGUCAGAGGUCAUGUACAGUUGACCUGGUACAGUAUACCUGCAGUAAAAAGAAUGAGGAGAAUCAGUCAUCAGUGAUGUGUGGUCAUGUGACUCCCACUGGCUGCACGUUAGUGGUUUAAAAAAUCCAAAUCUGUUUAAACAGCCAAGAAAUCUUUGAGCUCCUCAGCAUCUUGGUUACGGAUUAAAGCUGGUAUCCAGAUUGUUUUUUUUAUUAUUAUUGUUAUUUUUUAGAUAACUGGUUAAUAUGUUGUGGUUGAGGAUUGUAAAACAAAAACUGGCAUAUUAACUGUUGGUGACUCUCUUCAUACUUUUGAAAAAAUAUUCAGCUUGUCAGGUUGCACCUGUCCUGGUAGACAGUUUCAAUAAAGUUUGUUCCAAACAGUG